AUGGCAUCGAAUCCAAUGGGCAAAUGCUGCAUUGUCGGCGUCAAGCACCAAGGCACACCCAAAGGCAAUGUCAAGCAAAUCGGCAACAUCCGCACAUACUUUGCCUAUCCCGAAGACGGCAGCACCCAGAAUGCCAUUCUGCUCAUGACAGACGCCCUGGGCAUGGACUUUCUCAACACCCAGCUCAUUGCUGAUCAAUUUGCCGCCAACGGCUAUCUCGUCGUCAUCCCCGAUGUCUUCAACGGCAAUCACAUCCGCUUCCCCUUCCCUCCUUCAUUCAGCCUGCAGGAUUGGGUCGACAACACCAUGCCGCGCACACCUACCGUCGACCCUAUCUACGAAACAGUAAUCAAUCAUCUCCGCAACAAGCUAGGCGUCAAACGGCUCGGCGGCAUAGGCUACUGUUUUGGCGGCAAAUACGUGUGCAGAUGGUUGAAGCCAGGCAGUCUAGAUGCAGGAUUCAUUGCGCACCCGAGUUUCGUUGAUGCGGAUGAAGUAAGGGGUGUACAGCGUCCAUUGAGUAUUGCUGCAGCAGAAACUGAUGAAAUCUUCCCCGCUGAGAAGCGCCGCCAAACAGAAGAUAUUCUUAAAGAAACAAAGGUUUCCUAUCAGGUAUUUCUCUACUCUCACGUCGAACACGGAUUCGCUACAAAGGGCAAUCUGGAAAUUGAUCGCGAGAGAUUCGCAAAGGAACAGGCGUUCUUCCAGGCGGUAUUUUGGAUGGAUGAGUAUGUCAAGCGGGGGCGGUACCCAUAA